AGGAAGGAAAGACGUAAAGAGCAUUGAAUAAAAGCCAAUGAAAUCACACAAUAUGCAUGACCUUGAAAAUAAUAUUUGAAAAUAAACAGUGGUGAUGGUGAUGAUUUAGGAAAUUCAGACAGUUUCGGCCUUAUGUAGUAAUCUUCACCAGAAAAAUGUCUUCUCCAAGAAGAGCGACGAGUGGAUUAAGUAGAAGACCAGAAGAAGGAAGGAUUAUCACGAAAAGGAUAUUAAAAAGCAUAACAUUUCCUGGUUCAACGACCACAUCGAUUGAAAAGCCGAAAUGUGCACCUUUAAAAUUCACCAUCGACUACUCUCCAGUGUCGAACUUCAUGAAAGGUUUGAGAGACGAAGGGCAAAUCGCCAGAGCUAUUUUAAACCCUAGGAACAAACAGAAAACUCCUGAAAAUCCAACAAUUAAGAAAUUUAGAAGAAAGUGUUGUUCUAAGAAGAAAACGUCAGACGCUGGUGUUCGAAAGAGAAUGAGCUGUUCGUCGGUUGAAUUAAAGAACGUGAAAGCCUUUCGUGCCAAAAAUCGGACAGUGAAAAGUGAUGAAGACCCUUCACACACAUGCCAACAUGAGUACCAGCUGAACAGCCGCCUUCUGCCGCAACCAUUGCUGUCGAGCCCAGCGGGCCAAAGCAUGUGCCGACUCUGCAGACUUCCAUUGAAUCACGCUUCAUCCAGCAAACACUUCCUGCUGACCACUGAAGGCACGCAAGAAAUACCUGACCCUUACAAGUACAAACCAAAGCUGCGGCCGCUGAAACAUCGACUGAUAGCAGAGGCCCCAACCUUGAGCUACAUUCCGCAUUUCCGGCAAAGAGUGGGUAAACUUCUCAGACCGUGAAUAAAAACGACAAUUUUUUACCAUCGACAGUGGAUAA